CGGCGGGGAUUGUCGGGGGCGGGCGGCGCGGCGCCGCGGACAUGCCCGAGCGGCGCCGCCGACAUCAACAAUAGUCCGCGGCGGCGGGCGGGGAGCCAUCGCGGGCGGGGAGCGGCGGGCGCCGCCGCGCCGAGCCUUCCCCCCCACACCCCCUUACCCCCCCCCCCCCACACCCAGCCACCCACCCACCCAUGGAGGGGCCGUACUCGCUGGGGGUGAGCGUGUACUCCGACCAGGGCGGCAGGAAAUACAUGGAGGACGUGACCCAGAUCGUGGUGGAGCCCGAGCCGCCGGCCGAGGCGGAGCGCGGCCACCCGCACAAAGGCGGAGCGGCGCCCGGAGGCCCGCGGGCCGCCGAGCCCCUCGCCGAGAGCGGCCGGCGGAGGGGAGGGAGCCCGCGGGCGCCGGAGGAGGGAGCGCUGCCCCCCGGCCCCGGCUCCGGCCGGCGCCCGCGUCGCUCCGUGGCCUUCUUCGCCGUGUGCGACGGGCACGGCGGCCGGGAGGCGGCCCAGUUCGCCCGGGAGAACCUGUGGGGCUUCAUCAAGAAGCAGAAGGGCUUCGGCUCGGCGGAGCCGGCCGAGGUGUGCGCGGCCCUGCGCAAGGGCUUCAUCGCUUGCCACCGGGCCAUGUGGAAAAAACUGCGUAAGUUACAAGCGAUUGGCGCUUUCCAGCCGCCCCCGCUCCGCCGGGCCCCCGUCCCCUCGGUCCCCGCCGGGGGAGAGCAGGGCCCUGCAGCGAGGACUAAGGGGACAGCGAAUCCCCCUGCCCGCCUCCCGACCCCCGGCAUCGCCCCGAGACGCCGGUCGCUCCCUUUCCCCGUACGCUGGUAUCCCCCGAGCGUGGGACGUCCCGCUUUUAGCCGCCUUUUUCUUAACACCCACCCCACCCCGCACUAUUCAGAGUGGCCGAAGACCAUGACAGGUCUCCCAAGCACGUCGGGAACGACUGCCAGUGUGGUAAUUAUCCGUGGGUCAAAGAUGUAUGUUGCUCAUGUUGGCGAUUCGGGAGUGGUGCUGGGAGUCCAGGAUGACCCAAAAGACGACUUUGUGAGAGCUGUGGAGGUGACACAGGACCACAAGCCGGAACUUCCCAAAGAAAGGGAGAGGAUUGAAGGCCUUGGGGGCAGUGUGAUCAACAAGUCUGGCGUGAAUCGUGUUGUUUGGAAGAGACCUCGUCUGACUCACAAUGGCCCUGUGCGCCGCAGCACCGUCAUUGACCAGAUUCCCUUCCUGGCAGUUGCUAGAGCACUUGGUGAUCUUUGGAGCUACGACUUCUACAGUGGUGAAUUUGUUGUGUCUCCUGAACCUGACACUAGCGUGCACACAAUUGAUCCCCAGAAGCACAAAUAUAUUAUCCUUGGCAGUGAUGGACUGUGGAACAUGAUCCCACCUCAAGACGCUAUCUCCAUGUGCCAGGAUCACGAGGAGAAAAAAUACUUCAUGGGAGAGCACCGACAGUCUUGUGCCAAAAUGCUGGUGAACAGAGCGCUGGGCCGGUGGAGGCAACGCAUGCUUCGUGCAGAUAACACUAGUGCCAUCGUAAUCUGCAUCUCACCGUUGCAGGAUAGCAAAACCAACUUGGAAAAUGAAGAAGAAUUGUAUCUCAACUUGGCAGAGUGUCCCUGCUAUAGCAGCCCUGAUAUGAAUGUCAUGACACCCUCCCGCUGCUGUACCCCACCUGUCAAGCUUUUAGAAGAUGAUCCAUGGCCACGACUGAAUGUGUCUGAGCCUAUUCCUCCCCUCAUGCAUAGCAACAUGAUCUCAGAAAAAUAUUUAGAGCUGCCAAACGAGAUUGCCAAAAGCAAUGUACCUUCAUCAGGCGCAACCCUGAAAGAUUCAGGCCCCCAGGAGGAGAAGUGUAGCAAAGCGUUGGCUUUGAGGAUACAUGAAUCCUACAGUAAUGGUUUGUCAGUCAGUCUCUCCCCUUCCAACUCCGCAAAUUCAGGCACGGACCAAAAAGGUUUCAAGGUGUCUCCUAAUGGCCAAACAAAAGCCCAAGAUGCAGAGAGGACACCCACAGCAAACUUUAAAAGGACAUUGGAAGAAUCCAACUCUGGCCCAGCUAUGAAGAAGCCAAGACGUGGCCUGAGUCGAAACAUUAGUGUCCAACCAGAAGGCAUGUCUGCAACUCCACAGCGCAAAAACUCAAACAAGCUGACCAUGCGACGCAGCCUGCGGGGCCAGAAGAAGCUCAGCAAUUCACUCUUCCACCCGCCCAGGAAAGCAGUCUGCGUUUGCUGAAGGGCAUUUGUGUAAGGAAGUGUAUUUUGGUCUGAUUAGAAUUUUAAAGUUGGUGCAGAAGUUUGAGAAUCUUCCUGUUUAUCUUUUUUUAAAGUAGAAACUUUUUUUGGUAUCAAACAGCUUUAUCCCAGCCUUGUACUUGCUUGUAUUAUAACUGUGAAUUUUGUAGAUGUGUAGGGUAUAAGUCACUGUAAAAUGUGUGUAAAUUUGUAUUCCUUCAUAUAAAUGUAGUCUCUUUUCUUCCUUGUAUAAUUGUUACAGCGGGGCUAAACCUUGUUUUAAAAAAAAAAAAAAAAUCCUUUUUGUUAAUUUACUAAAGUCAUGAAUUUGUAUACGCUUCUUGUGAUGAGAAUUUCACAACUUUUUAACUAAAGUAAAUUAUUAAACAGAAUGGAAGAUAUGUAUUUUCGUAGUACUAUACGUUCCACCUAAAGUGUGUCUUUUAGAGAAUACACUAGGUCUAUAUUUUGGUUUUAAAUUUUAGAUUUCUCUACUCAGAAAUGAAAUGUAUGUGGAAGCAGAGAUGUUGAGUCUUGCUUUACACAGCUCAAUGUCAAUUUCUUUAUGUUAAUUAAAAUACUAUGCAGUAUCUUAUUUAGUUGUAUUUUUUGUAACAUUAAUCGUCAAAGUAUUUAGCAAAAAAAAGUGUGUGUUUUAAAACUCCAACUCCCAAAAGCAUCCUAUAAAGCCAUUCCCAUCCCCUGUUAUAUAAAUGAUGGCAUUUUUAUCCAGGCAUAAAUGUAUGCCCUACGGAGGCAUGAAUUUUCUGCUAUUCCAAUACUGAUGGUGCUGCUAAUACCUUUCAACAUAAGUUCUUAAAUUAUUUUAUGACUAUUUUAAUUGAGUAUGUGGACCAUGUGUAUGUUCACCUAAAUAAAACAUGUGAAAAUCUGA